AUGACGGAUAACAACCACCAAGAAAAGGAACUUGCUGCCCUGGAGAAUGCGUUCCUGGAUGAAAGCGCGGACCCAGUCGAUCUCCCUUUCUCUCUUCUCAAGGCUAUCACAGGAAACUUCUCCGAAGAUAACGAAAUCGGCAGGGGCGGGUUCGGAGCCGUUUACAAGGGAGUACUUCCAAGCGGUGGUAUCGUUGCCGUGAAGAAGCUCUAUGAGAGACUCGAGAUCCUGGACAAGAAUUUCAAGAGCGAGGUCGCCUCUCUUGUUGGGGUCAAGCACAAGAACAUGGUGCGGUUCCUUGGGCACUGCUCCGAGACACAGCACGUGAUGAUGCCGUACAAGGGAAAGUUUGUUUGUGCAGAAGAACGGCAGAGGCUGCUCUGCUUCGAGUACCUGCCCAAAGGGUGCCUUGCUGACUAUCUCUCCGAUGCGUCUUGUCGACUUGAGUGGACCACGCGUUAUGAAAUAAUCAAGGGGAUAUGUGAGGGUGUACAUUACCUGCAUGGGCAGCGUAUUAUUCACAUGGACCUCAAGCCUCAAAAUGUACUAUUAGAUGAUAACAUGGUGCCCCGAAUUGCGGAUUUUGGGCUAUCACGGCGCCUAAGUGAAAGCAAGAGUCGGGCUAUUACUAAAAACAUGAUUGGGACGACGGGAUAUAUGGCACCAGAAUUUAUAAAUAAGGGAGAAAUCACUUUCAAGACAGACAUAUAUAGUUUGGGAGUUAUAAUCACGGAAAUCCUUAUGGGACAUAAAGAAUGCUCCAAUGUUAAGGAGGUAGUUGAAAGUUGGACGAACAAGUUUGUGAUAUCAAAGAGCCAAACUGUACUAGAAGAAGUAAAAGUAUGCGCUGAGAUAGCAGUAAAAUGCACAAACUAUGACCCAGGGAAUAGGCUUACUACAGGCUUUAUCAUUUGUCUAUUUGAAAAACUGUGUGAAGUGGAAAUUUCAAACAGAAUGGAUGUAGCUACCUCACCGGAAGGGCAGAUAAGCUUUGCCUGCAAUGUGGCCAAUGAGCUGAAGUUGAGCCUAGAGAGGAAGCCGAUGGCAGAAACUCUUGAGUGUGUCAACUGGGGUGAUGAGCACCCUCGGUGUCAAGCUUACCAUGGCGAUGGGCGACAAGUGCUCGCCUCCUCCUUCCUGCCGGGCGCCCUCGAGGCCGUCUUUCCUGACAUGACCGUCGCUGUCACGCGCACCGACUUGUACAGCCUCUGCUUGUGUGACGUGUCCCUCAAUGUGGUCGUGGAGGGCGCGGUGGGGGACCCCAAGAGGAUGCGCACUGGCGGCCACAGCAUGCUGCCGUCAUCAUGGGGUGCCAGGAACUCUGUGGCGGAGGCUGUUCCGCCGGCGACGGCCACGGCCAACACGCCAGCGCUGCCGGUCGUGGUUGACACGCAGGUGGUGCACGCGCUGCUGGCGUGCGCGGAGGCCGUGCAGCAGGAGAACCUAUCAGCCCACCAGGUCAUGUCUGAGGUGUACCUCGGCCGGCAGAUCUGCAACGUGGUGGCUUGCGAGGGCGCGGAGCGCACAGAGCGCCACGAGACUCUGGGGCAGUGGCGGAACCGUCUUGGCAACACCGGGUUCGAGACCGUGCGCCUGAGCUCCAACGCCUACAAGCAGGCGAGCACGCUGCUGGCUCUCUUCGGCGUGGGAGAUGGGUACAAGGUGGAGGAGAAGGAAGGUUGCCUAACGCUUGGGUGGCACACUCGCCCGCUGAUCGCCACUUCGGCAUGGCGCCUCGCCGCACCGUGA